AUGACCGAAGAAAGGCUUGCCAUGCUCAACCGGAUGCUUAACGGGGCCCCUGUCCACUUAGCGGCGCUUCCCAGCGUCUGCAAAGCCUGGCGUGGUGUCAUGCAAGAGAUUACUUGGCAGCAGCUCUGCCUGGAGAUCGCUCCUGGAUUGUGCGAGAGAAUGGGGUAUGAUGUGACCGAUAAGCCCCCGGGGGGCUGGUUGGCCCUCCUCAAACUCUUGUUGUAUUGCCCGGGCAUGCGAUUUGACAGAGGCUACAUAAAUAAGGAUGGGGAGGAGGGCGGCUUUCUGGAGUUGAUGGGGCAUGUGCAAGGGAAAGUGUGCGGGUUUCAGACAGGGCGCGUGGUUGCAAAGGAUCUGUUGUUGAAGGAGCCGUUCCAACACGACUGCCUGUUCGUCACACCAUUGUGUCGGCACGCGUGGCUUGAUAGGGAUAAAAAGCUUGCGGUCUGCGCCUGCCGGGGCAUGGUGUGGGACUUUCCCUACUCAGCAAUUGCAAAAGAGUCAGGGGCCAUCAGAUAUGUAGAGGCGUCUCCCCAAGAACAGCAGCUGAUGAGCAGUGCGGCCAAAUGUCGCUGCACGUACUGUGGGACGCCCGUAUUUGUGCUGCAGGAGGUUGUCUUUUUCAACAUCCAGGAGAAGUUCCGUCAUUGGUGGCAGCGCGUGUUUGACAGGUGUCUUCCAGACUGGUCUGAUAUUACCGGGCAGGUGUGUGGGAAUGGACAUCUGACGUUCGAAGUCUUCGGCAAGCGGUCAAAGCGGGCGCCAUUUCUCAGUGGCAAGCCAAUGGCUGGGUCUGGCCAAGGUCUUGUGGUGGAAACUUCUGGGGUCAUUAAAAAGGUGUAUAAGGAGCUCAUGCCAGAGCCCCUUGAUUUCUGCGAGCUCGACGUUUGCAGGAACUUGAAUCCAUACACGCUCUCUCGGAAACUGACGCGACUAGCCACGGAGAUCCGAGAUUUCGUCUGGGACGAGUGCGAAGAUGGGGAGGGGAUGCCCGAGGAGCUCGGCUGUGUUGACAAUUUCAACACAAUGUCUGAUGUCAUCGAGUGGAUUCCAAGGCUGGAAACACGCAUCAAUGAGAUCAUUCAGAUCUACAACAACAGCACCGCUGGAAUCUACAAAGACAGCUCCGACAAAGACAGCUUUGACAGAAGAAGCGAGUCCGCAGAAGAUGAGGAAUUUUGCGAGGAGCUUCCUUUCUGGCGCGUUCCUUGGGCCGACCUUGGGGUAGUGAAAAGGCUCCAGGACACUUCUGUCACGGGGCGUGCUGCCCAAACGAUUGGCGGUUACCUUUGCCAUGACACAUCAAGCGCAAAGAUUGUAGUCAGUGCCAACAUAAGGUUGGACCGCCUUUGUUCCUUUCAAUACUGGGCGGAGCGCAGGCUUGAGCGAUAUGAAAAAGAGCGCAAAGAGGAAAUUGAAGCUGCUCUAACGGAGGCCGGCUUGCAGAAACGUGGUGGUGAUUGGCCGUUCCCUGAGGGGGUUCAAAGCUAUAUCAAGGAUCCGAACGUGCCGCUGGAAGACGCCAUCGACCGCCAGCAACAGUUUCUGCUGAAGGAGAAGGAAAAGAGGGCUGCAGAGCGAGCUCAACGGCGAAAUGAGACCGCCUUGCGUAGGGCAGAGCAAGAGGCGAAAGUUGCCGAGCGCAAGGCUUUGCGGGAACGAAAGAAAGCAGCAGAACGCGUGUUCAGGGCGUCGCAAGGGUUGGUGGUGUGUCGGGGCACGUCGGACGGGAAGAGCUGCAAUAAUCUCGGAUCGGAAGCAUGUGCCCUUUCGGCCUGUGGUAACUGUUGUCGUACAUACACGAUGGGGGUGGUAUGCGGACGCCAUAGGAGGCUCAGGAUUGCGGACUUGUAAGCUAGCUGCACGCAAGCAAUUGUAUGCAGACAACUGCGUAGAAACUUUGUGAAUAUGGCAAACAUGAUGACUGUGUGCAUGCCCAGAUUGCAAUCAACGCCAGGGAACGUCGGAUUCACCAUGAGCCGUUCCGGCGUGUGCAGG